AUGGUUUCACUUAGUGAGAACGAGGAUGUCAGCAGUUCGUCUGGAGGAAGCGUAGAAGAUGAGAUACUACGUAGACCUUUAAGGCAGGAUUCCUUUUUCAAAGAAGAACAUCUGAUAAGCACCGGAUCAAGAACUGGUACCGAGUUUAGUGUUAUACUAAAUGAUACAUAUAUCCCGGAGAGCAGCGAUGAGAGCAAAGAUAGAUCAAUCAGCAUGGAGGGACCGAGCGUUGCUUAUUCAAAGGUCUCACAUUCGUUUUCCAACUCUAAUUCGAAUUCGAACUCUUCCACAUCAUCCAAACAGAGGAAACUAGCAAAUAACAGAAACUCACAAUACAUGAGACUAUCCCUCAACUCUACGAGUUCUGGAUCUGCACACUCAACGCCUCUGAUAGGAGUAAAUUUGCAAUCAGACAAAUUCUCGAGCGCAAAUACCAGUAGGGACACAGUCAAUACAGAAGCAUUAUUGGAUCCCAGAAGAUCUUUCAGCAACACGCCGCUGGUACAUAGUACACAGACUGAGAGUCCUCAGUUGUCAACCUCAAAUGAUGUUGGGAAUGCUACCUUCCCACAGGACUCAAGCAGAGACAAUGCUGAAAAUAUGAAAAGAUCAUCUAAGGCAGUUUCCACACCUGCUUUAGGUUCAUCGGAUCAGGUAUUAGACGAAAGAAUUGUAGAAGAAACCGAAAGUGACGAGACCUCCGAUAAAAAAAAUCGAACCUCAUCGUUUUAUCCAGCACAUACAGAAUCACUGCAAGCGGAUGAGACCCAUGAUAUCAUUGAUGACUAUGAAUAUGGCGAUACGAAACCAGCCAUUGAAGAAGCCGUUAAAUUAUUUAAAAUGGAAGCGAGAAGGGCAAAUCUUCUUGAGUUGAACCACGGGGACAACAAAAAUUUACAUAGAAGACAGACAUCUUUGUUAUCAAGUAUACUAGUGCCGCCUCCCAAGUCAGCAAGCAAGUCUUCACCAGCAGAGGGAAAUUCUCAAGAGCCAAAAACACUAAUACCUGCCUUGAGAAAAGUAAGCGGAAGCUCAACUCCUACGGCAAGACAAGGCCAGUUCCAACCGUAUGAAGAGCAAACGGCUAAUGUCAACCCAUUCAUAGCACCAAUUCCUGCACAACCAACAUCCGUGCCCAUUGAAAGAGAAAUAAGCAAUCAUGAUUAUGAGAGUGAUGCACUUCACUACAUUAGAGCAUCGAGGAAAAGACUUGAUGAAUUUAACGACAUGGAAAGAAACCUACCAAUGCAAAGGGUAGACGUAUCAUCAGUCAAUAGUGAAAAAUCCAAGAUAUCAGCUUGGUCUCAAUUUUCCGAUCUAUUCAGCAUCACUAGACUACUUUGCUUAUUCUUGACAUGUCUAAUAGUACCUCCACUUUUCUUCUUCAUUGGAUUUGGCGAAGUUACAGGCUUUGAUGAUGAGAAACUGAUGAAGUUCAUAAUGCACAGCCAGCACCGUUACGGAUUGAUGCCAGGCUUUAUUUGGGCGGUAGAUUUAAGUUGGAUAAGGCGAAUUUUCAUCAUAUCUGGCUUUCUCGAGACAGUCGUUUUAUUCGCAUGCAUAGGUGUAGGAUUUGGGGUUGGAUUAUCUAGAUGA